AUGAUGAACGGAAACAAACCGAUACAGCGUUCGCGAGGCUUAAUUACCAGGCGGUCCUAUCAGGCGGCGAAACUCGCGCUGCAAAAAGAACAAGUAGCUAACACCCUGCUCCCUCCCCCUCCCCUCUCCAUCUUGCCCCCGCCCCCUCCCCCGCACGGCACACAGACUCCCGGGUCCAUCGUUCAUUACGGGGCGGCCAAACAAAAGCGAGGCGAGUGUAUAAUCAUCCCUGGCCGAUACACAAUAAAUCCGCCGCGAAUAUCAUCGGGGGCUUUGUUCCCACCCGCCCGCAAUUACGACAAGGCGCCGCAUGAAGCGGAACGAACGGCCAUCGGGAGGCGUCGAGCUGUUGCAACGCUUGCCAAAGUUUUACAGCUAGCUGAUACUGCACGCAUUUUAAUACCG